CUCCCCCCCAUUUUUUUAUUUUUUUUCUUUCGUUCCCUCCCCCACCCCGCGGUUUUUUUAUUUUUAUUUUUUUCCCUCUCCUCUCUCUCUUUCUCUCUCUGUCUCUCUCCUCUCUCGCUGUGCGCCUCGCUCCGGGAAACGCUGGAUUUUAAACCUCUCCCCGGCAGGCAGUGACCCAGGGGGAAGGAGGGGAGAAACGCAGCCCCGCGGUGAACAUGGCCCAGGCGAGCGCGCACCCCCCCGUCUCGUGGGUGAUCUUCGCCGGGAUGGCCGCGCUGCUCCUCUCCCAAGGAGUGCCCGUGCGCAGCGGAGAUGCCGCCUUCCCCAAAGCCAUGGACAACGUGACGGUGCGGCAGGGCGAGAGCGCCACGCUCAGGUGCUCCGUGGAUAACAGAGUCACCCGGGUGGCCUGGCUGAACCGCAGCAGUAUCCUCUAUGCCGGCAAUGACAAGUGGUGCUUGGACCCUCGGGUGGUGCUCUUGGCCAACACCAAAACCCAGUACAGCAUCCAAAUCCAAGAUGUGGAUGUUUAUGACGAAGGCCCCUACACCUGCUCCGUGCAGACAGACAAUCACCCGAAGACAUCGCGUGUCCAUCUCAUCGUGCAAGUAUCUCCGAAAAUUACCGAGAUCUCUUCUGAUAUCUCCAUCAAUGAAGGUGGCAACGUCAGCCUCACCUGCAUAGCCACGGGCAGGCCAGAUCCAACAAUCACCUGGAGACACAUCUCACCCAAAGCCGUGGGCUUCGUCAGCGAGGACGAGUACCUGGAGAUCACGGGCAUCACGCGGGAGCAGUCCGGGGAGUACGAGUGCAGCGCCUCCAACGACGUCGCAGCCCCUGUCGUCCAGCGAGUCAAAGUCACCGUCAACUACCCGCCGUACAUCUCGGACGCAAAGAGCACCGGGGUGCCGGUGGGGCAGAAGGGCAUCCUGCAGUGCGAGGCCUCCGCCGUCCCCUCCGCCGAGUUCCAGUGGUUCAAAGACGACAAGCGGCUGGCUGAAGGACAGAAAGGAUUGAAAGUGGAAAACAAAGCCUUCUUCUCCAGGCUGACUUUCUUCAACGUCUCCGAGCAGGACUACGGCAACUACACCUGCGUAGCCUCCAACCAGCUAGGAAACACCAAUGCCAGCAUGAUCCUCUACGAAGAGACAACUACCGCUCUGACACCCUGGAAAGGCCCCGGGGCAGUGCACGACGGCAACAACGGCGCGUGGCGGCGAGCCGGCGGCGCCUGGCUGCUGCCCCUCUCGCUCGCCCACCUGCUGCUCAAGUUUUGACCCGAGCGCCGGCCCGCGCACCCGCGGCGGUGGCACCCGCAGCGCCGGCGAGCGAGCACCCGAAGACAGAAGAAGUAUUCACUGUUUCCGAAAAUAAUCAUGAGAAUUGAGAGAGUAUCCGGCCAGGCAAUCCAGGGCAGGGGGAGAGAGGAGAAAACACACCACACCGAGAAGAGAAGGGAAUUUGGAAAGAACCAAAAUCCGAGGCUUCCUGCUGAAGAUGCACCAUGACUGAGUCUUUUUCGUUCCUGUUUUCGCCCCCUCCCUCCUCCCCUCCCCGUUUCUUUUUGGCCCCGCCACGGGCGAGCCCGCCGGUCUUGAGGAGCGGUCGGUCCGUCGGGGCGGGCGGCUCGUCCCGCUCGGUCCCCCCCGGCGGAGGACGGCAGCAGCCGCGGCGCGCGACCUCUCCGUCCCAACGCGCAGGUCUCCUUCUUUGAUGAGAUUUCCCCGUCUUUUCGUGGACCAUGCCACCAUUUGUGUUCCAAAACAUACAUACAUAUAUAUAUAUAUAUGUAUGUGUGCGUGUAUAUCUAUAUACACGCACACGUAUAUACAUAUAUAUAUAUACAUACAUACCCUGCUAUACAUAUAUAUAUAUAUAGAUCUUUAAAAGUUGCAGCGAGGAUGUGAAGGCAAAGGAAGAAAGUGAAGCGGUCGUUAACCAUGCAUUCAUUGUACAACACGCGGACAUCGUGAAUAAUAAGGGAUUCUGAGUCAUUCUUGAUUUUAUUAAUUAUAUUUUCUGAUACGAGCCUAGAACUGUUAGUUCAUAAAAAACGAAAAUGCAAAAAAAAAACAAAAAACAAAAACAAAAAAACAAAGGAAAAAAGGAAGACCACGGGAAGGAGCGGAGCGAAGCAGUGCGCCGAGGAAGCGUUCGACAUGGGCCCGCCGGCCCGUCCGCGGGCGCUCGGGGGCGCGGAGGCCCGCCGCAGCCGACGGCCGGGGCCACGCUCGCCGCUCGUCGCGCCGGAGGCAGACGCUCAUUCUUUUUAUGAGAUAUAUAUAUACAGUAUAUAUAAAUAUACAUAUAUAUAUAUAUAUAUAAAAUUAAUUUUUUUUUUGUUAGUUUUCUAGCCACAGUUCUCAGCAGGGUCCUUUUGCUGCCAUUACUGCAUGCUGUAUAUGGAGUUAGGUGUGUAUUGGUCUUCUAGGAGACGCCAGAGCUUCUCGGGCGACGCGCGGGUGCGAGCGGGCGGCUCCGGGCGGUCGGGCGACGCGCGAUCCUCUCGGUUCCCCUCGGCCGCGCAGCUCGGGACGCCGGCGCGACGCGAGCAGGGGUGAACGGAACCGAGGAAAAAGCGUAGAUCUAUAUAGCUCAGUUUUAUAUAUAUAUAUAUGUAUAUGUGUGCGUGCGUGUGUGUGUGUGUGUGUGUAUAUAUAUGUAUAUAUAUAUAAAAGAAGGCGAACUGAUCGGUCACCGACCGUCCCCCGCGAUCCGGCUGAAUCCGACACGGAAAAAAUUAUCUCCCCCGGCUUUCGGCGGUGGUGGGGGGGAGUUCUCCUUUGGUUGAUUUUGGGUGGGGGUUCGGGCUUUUUUUUUUUUUUUCCCCUUGUUUCCCCCCCCUUCUCUGCGGACGGAAGCGGCGCGGAGGCG